GUCCAGGGUAUGGCAACAAUGGCUAACCUUAUGUCACACCUGGCCAAUGGUAAAGCUCAAGCUUCUGACCCUGUUGAAAAAGUUCUUUAUCGUCAAAUACGCAAGAUUACUUUGGAUACUCCUUUGAGCAGAGUGUCAAAAAUGCUGGAGACUGACCAUUUUGUCCUCAUUGUGCAUACUCAAAAACAAUAUAGCAGCGGUGAUUCAGCACAGAACAGAGAAUCUAUUGUUGGUAUUGUAACACCUAUAGACUUGCUAUGUCACAUUACAUCCCGCGAGGGUCAUGAAGGUACCGUUGAUUCUGAAUGCUCUUCUGUAAGCCACUAAGGUUUCUUUUUAAUUCCUGACUCAAUCCUUUUGUAUCAUCACAGUACCUCGCUUGUCAGUUAUUUGACAUAUCAUUUACUAUUUUCCAAUCAAUGCAGUAAAAUCUGUUAAAAAUGUUAGAAUGAUCCUUAAAUUUUUGAAUCAGUAUGUGAUACUUUGCUAAAAUAUAGCAUCCAUUGUCAAUUCAGAAACCACAAAGUAGCUUGAUUUUAGUUAUUUGUUUUGAUUGUUGAUUUUUAUGUUCCUGUCUAUUUUAGGUAAGGCAUUUGUUGGAAAUGAUCUGACCGUUUUGUUUUAAUUUUUGUUUUUUUAAUGGACUGAUAUUUUUGAUUGAUUCUUUUGUUUACUUUUUAACAUUUCUUAUAUUUACUUAAAUUAUGUCUUUUUUUGCAUCACAUGAAUUACAAACAUUUGGCACACCAGUGAA